UCUCCAUCCAUCCUCCGCUCAUCCAAUUCUCCUUCCCAGUCAUCCUCCCCCCCUUCAUCUUCCCCUCGUCAUUUCUCUUACUUCUCUCUGCUGUAUUUCUCUCAUCCCACUCUAUAUUCUUGCCCAAAAGACCAUAAUUCGACCCCAAUAAUGAGUUUUCCCUUCGAUAUCAAUGGCGGUGCCUGCGUCGCCAUGGUGGGUAAGGACUGCGUCGCCAUUGCCUGCGAUCUCCGCCUGGGCAUGCAAGCCUUGACCGUUUCCAACAACUUCCCCAAAAUCUUCAACUACGGCCCUUCGACCUUCCUCGGCCUGACGGGUCUGGCGACCGAUGUGGCGACUGUGUCGGACCUCUUCCGCUUCAAAGUGAACAUGUACCGUCUCCGCGAGGAGCGGAACAUCGCGCCCCAGACCCUGGCCAACCUGGUUAGCUCUUCGUUGUACGAGAAACGCUUCGGCCCCUUCUUUGUCAGUCCCGUCAUUGCCGGCAUCAACAGCACAACAGGCAAGCCCUUCAUCUGCGGUUUCGACAGUAUCGGGUGUAUCGACUUCGCAAAGGACUUCAUUGUGAGCGGAACCGCGAGUGAGCAGCUGUUCGGUACUUGCGAGGGUCUGUGGGAGCCGGACUUGUCUGCGGAGGACCUGUUCGAGACCAUCUCCCAAGCCCUUCUCAGUGCGGUCGACCGAGACGCCCUCUCCGGUUGGGGUGCACAGGUGUACAUCAUAGAGAAAGACAAGGUCACCAAGAGACUAUUGAAGGGACGGCAAGAUUAGACGAGAUAAUUACUUGGAUCAUGAAUUGUUCUUUUUUUCCCUGCUGCAGUUAUGCUGUUUGUCUGUUCUAAUAUGACGCUUCCAUCAAUUCUCCCCAUUCUGGUUCUGCCGAUACUGCCAAGGUAGAAAGGAGUGUGCGGGGACCUCGAUAACGGCACGCACAUUCCAGCUCCUUCGGCUUAAGCUUGAUGAUCUUACAGAAAUGGAACUAUAUAGAUGUGGUCGGAG